AUGAACUAUAGCGCGCCGGUAGCAGCAGCAGCAGCGAACCUCUCGCGCAGUGGCUCGUGCAGACAGGACCUGUGGGUGCGCUCCGCAUCCCCGCACGUCUCCGCGCUCAUGUUCGCGGCCGGGGUGCUCGGGAACGCGGCCGCGCUCGUGCUGCUCGAGGUGCGGCGCCGGAGCAAGAAGAAGAAGCGCAGCUACUCCGCGCCGUCGGGUUCGAACCUGUUCCAGGUGCUGCUCACCGCGCUGCUCGUGACCGACCUGCUGGGCACGUGCUCGGUCAGCCCGCUGGUGAUGGCGGCGUACGCGAGGAACGAGUCCCUGCGCGCGCUGGGUGGAGUCGGCGCGGGCGACGGUGACGGUGCCAUCGGGGCCGCGUGCGCGCACUUCGGGCUCGCGAUGACCUUCUUCAGCCUGGUGACGCUGGCCGUGCUCACGUGCAUGGCGCUCGAGCGCUGCGUGUCCAUCGCGCGACCCUACUUCUACGAGCGGCACCUGGGCGCGCGCUGCGGGUACCUGGCGCUCGCGCUGGUCUACGCCCUGGGCGCGCUCUUCAGCGUGGCGCCGUUCGUGCUCGGUUUCCGCGCCUUCGCGCAGUACUGCCCGGGCACGUGGUGCUUCGUGGACAUGGUUUCGUCCCAGCCCGCGCACCGCGUGUACAAGAACGUGUACGCCACGUGCCUGCUGGUCAUGAUCGCGUGCACCGUGCUGUGCAACGCGUCCGUCAUCUACCACCUGGUGCUGAUGUACCGGAGGCGCGGGCUGCACCGGGAGUCGCUGCGCAGGUUCCAGGGCUCCAGGUGCCGGAGGUCGCUGUCCCAGGAGCUGGAGUACCUGGUACUGCUGGCAUUCAUGACUAUCACCUUCCUCGUCUGCUCUCUCCCGCUGGUGAUCCGCUUGUACAACAGCUCCUUCAGUACGAACCGGAACAUGGACCUGACGGCUCUGCUGCUCCUCUCCGUGAACCCCAUCAUCGACCCGUGGGUCUUCAUCAUCCUCAGCCCUCCUGUCCCGCGCCUCCUCUGGGGGGCGCUCUGCAAAGCUCUGAGAUCUCCGCCCAGAGAGGAGAAGGUUCCUUCAUCUCCGUCUGACCUCUCACAGGAUGGUAUAGCGCUGCAGACCUGAGGAGCGUCUCAGACACGUCAUGAU